AUGAGUUCCAGGGAGAAUUCUGGGCUGGAAGAUGGGCUUCGCAAGCCAUUGUUGCAUACCGGAAGUUGGUACAAAAUGGGAAUGGGAUCCAGGCAAUCUAGCAUUAUGAGCUCCUCUGCUCAAAUGAUCCGGGAAUCUAUCUCCAUUUUCCUCUGCGUCUUCAUCGUCGCUUUGGGCCCUAUCCAGUUUGGAUUCACCUGUGGAUAUUCGAAUCCUACACAGUCCGAUAUCAUCAACGAUUUGGGACUAACCAUUUCAGAGUUUUCAGUGUUUGGUUCGUUGGCCAAUGUGGGUGCCAUGGUUGGUGCAAUUGCAAGUGGGCAGAUUGCUGAAUACAUUGGCAGAAAAGGGUCAUUGAUGAUCGCUGCAAUUCCUAACAUUAUUGGAUGGUUGGCCAUUUCAUUUGCAAAAGAUUCAUCAUUUCUGUUCAUGGGAAGGUUGCUGGAAGGAUUCGGCGUAGGGAUUAUCUCUUACACGGUGCCUGUAUAUAUAGCAGAAAUAGCUCCUCAAAACUUAAGGGGAAGCCUUGGGUCUGUAAAUCAGCUUUCGGUGACAAUUGGAAUAAUGCUUGCGUAUCUACUAGGAAUGUUUUUGCAUUGGAGGGUACUUGCAGUACUUGGAAUUUUGCCAUGCACACUGUUGAUUCCUGGACUUUUUUUCAUUCCUGAAUCUCCACGUUGGUUGGCUAAAAUGGGACUAAAUGAGGAUUUUGAAACUUCUUUACAAGUUCUGCGGGGAUUUGAAACUGACAUAUCAAUUGAAGUGAAUGAAAUCAAGAGAUCUGUGGCUUCAUCAACCAAAAGGACUACCAUACGCUUCUCAGAGCUUCAGAGAAGACGAUACUGGUAUCCUUUGAUGCUAGGGAUCGGAUUACUAGUGCUCCAGCAACUUAGUGGUAUAAAUGGUGUUCUAUUUUAUUCUAGCAACAUAUUUAAAUCUGCUGGUAUCUCCUCUGAUAAAGCAGCAACUUUUGGACUUGGGGCUAUUCAGGUGGUUGUUACUGGGAUCACAACAUCUCUGGUGGAUAAAGCUGGGCGCAGGGUGCUUCUCAUUGUAUCUUCAGCAAUGAUGACCAUGAGCAGUUUUCUUGUUGCAAUUGCUUUUUAUUUGGAGGAUGUGCUACCUGAAAAGUCUCGUUUCAUCUUGGGGAUUAUGUCAUUGGUUGGGCUUGUGAUUUUGGUGAUUGGGUUCUCUCUAGGACUUGGAGCUAUACCAUGGAUUAUAAUGUCUGAGAUCCUUCCAGUCAACAUCAAAAGUCUUGCCGGCAGCGUGGCCACAUUGUUCAAUUGGCUAACAGCAUCUAUAGUUACGAUGACUGCAAACUUACUUAUGACUUGGAGCACUGGAGGAACAUUCACGAUUUACGCACUAGUUUCCGCCUUUACUGUAGUGUUUGUAAAGAUUUGGGUUCCUGAAACAAAAGGAAGAACCUUGGAAGAGAUUCAAUGGUCCUUCAGAUGA